GAGAGAGAGGAUGAUGGGGUUGCUGGGUGGGCAGCAAAACGGAAAUGCAGCUGAGAAUGGGAUUGCUGGGUCCGAAUUUCAACUCGGGGGGAGCAAGACCAAGUACCAGAGAAUGGAGUCCGAGGUCGGAGAGACAGCGGAAGAUGCUCCAUUGACCGACAAAAAUACCAGGAGAUAUGUCUUGGCCUGCGCAAUCUUUGCCUCCCUCAAUUCCGUGCUUCUUGGAUACGAUGUGGGUGUUAUGAGUGGAGCAAUUAUAUUCAUCCAAGAGGAUCUGAAACUCACCAACGUACAACUAGAACUUCUUGUUGGAAUUUUGAGUAUAGUCUCGCUAUUGGGAAGCUUAGCCGGUGGAAAAACUUCUGAUGUCAUUGGUAGAAAGUGGACAAUUGCAUUGGCAUCAAUUGUCUUUCAGACUGGUGCUCUUAUAAUGGCCCUUGCUCCUAAUUUCACAGUACUGAUGAUUGGUAGACUCUUUGCAGGGGUGGGGAUAGGAUUCGGGGUCAUGAUUGCACCUGUUUACAUUGCUGAGAUUUCUUCUGCAACAGCACGAGGAUCUCUUACAUCUCUUCCUGAGAUUUUUGUAAAUUUUGGGAUCCUGCUUGGAUAUAUAUCAAAUUAUGUUUUUUCAGGACUUCCUGCACAUAUAAGCUGGAGGGUCAUGCUUGGUGUGGGGCUCAUACCUUCCAUCUUUCUUGGAUUUUCUCUUUUUGUGAUCCCGGAGUCCCCUAGGUGGUUGGUGAUGCAGAAUAGGAUGGAAGAUGCAAGGAUGGUAUUGAUGAAGACUAAUGAGAGUGAAAAAGAUGUUGCGGACAGAUUGGCAGAAAUACAGCAAGCCGCAGGGAUGGCCAAUGCUGAAAACUAUGAAGCAAAAGCUAUAUGGCGCGAAAUUGUUAGUCCUAAUCCCGCAGUUCGACGAAUGCUGAUUACUGGUUGUGGAAUCCAAUGUUUCCAACAGAUUACUGGUAUUGAUGCACUUGUGUAUUAUAGUCCUACAAUUUUCAAAGAUGCUGGGAUUAAGGGCAACACUGAAGUUCUUGCUGCAACUGUUGUUGUCGGGUUUACCAAAACUGUGUUCAUCUUGGUAGCUAUCUUUCUGAUUGACCGAGUGGGGAGAAAGCCUUUGCUUUACGUGGGCACUAUAGGAAUGACCGCUUGUUUAUUUGUUCUGAGCGUCGCUCUAGCAUUGCCAGGACAGGGGGAAGUGGGGAUUGGAGUGGCAAUAUUAGCUGUUUGUGGGAAUGUAGCUUUCUUCUCAGUAGGAAUUGGCCCAAUUUGUUGGGUAUUGUCAUCGGAAGUCUUCCCUCUAAAGCUUCGAGCUCAAGCAUCUGCCCUUGGGGCCGUUGGUAGUAGGGUUAGUAGUGGUGUCAUUACCAUGUCAUUCCUCUCCGUGUCUGGGGCAAUAACAGUGGCAGGAACCUUCUUUAUUUUUUCAUUGAUUUCAGCUCUUUCUGUUGCUUUUGUCCACACAUGUGUUCCAGAAACAAAAGGAAAGACUUUGGAAGAAAUUGAAAUGCUUUUCCAAGACAAAGGAGAAUGGCAAGGCGGUGGUGAGGUUGAAAUGGGAGAUGCAGAACGUCUGGUGGAGAACAAACUUCCAACAAUAGAGCCUGUAACAAGUCUGGAGCCAUAUAGGCAGGUUGCACGCUACAUAAAUUAGUUUUAGUAUACUUACGUUUCCUCGAUUUGUAUGAGUAUUAAAUGUACGCGAUUGCACAUAUUACAGCAGAACCAAAAGAGAAAUGUUUUGCCAGCCAUCUUGUUCUUCGCUCACAUGUACUUGAAACCUAUUUAGAGCUUCCAUGGACUUCACUUUGAAGGUUCAUCGAGAUCGAAAUCAGAUUGUAUUGAUUUAGUUGAACAAUAAGGAUUACAUUUCCGGUC